CUAAUUUCAUCAUAGCGUAUUGAAAGCGUGUCGAUUACCAUUAUUAAAAGUGUGUCGAAAGUACUAAAUUUAAAAAAAUUAUACCGACAAAACAUGAGUCUCUCACAAAAUAUUUGAGCGGAGGUGUGUAGAUCCACCCCCUCACUCACAAGGGCUUGAAGUUUGCACAGGUCUGAAGACAAGAAUACCAUGUGCUUAACAAAUGGGGUCACCAGGAAUCGAACACAAGACCUCUCGGGUCACAGAAGGCUCUGAUACCAUGUGAAUUGUGAUGAACCAGUUGAUCCCAAUAACUCGAGUUGUUGGAAGAGGUUCAAUCGUUGAUCAUAUACCACAACACUAUCAGUGUUCACUAGCAAUUGUUCAAUCGCGUUUAUAUCAAACUUGAGCAUAAUUUUUAAUUUUAACGUUUGACUUGCAAAUCAUAUUCUCAUCUUCAUCCCGUCAAAAUUAGGGUUUGCAAUCGGCAUUUCGUCCAACUGGGAACACUAUCCCCACAACCAUCCGCCUCGUUUUCCUCCAUUGAUUGAUCCGUCCGGGCGCCGAUGGAGUCGCGGGAGCCUGCAACCAUCGACAGGAUCAGCUCCCUGCCGGACGAAAUCAUCUCCCACGUCCUCUCCUUCCUGCCAACCAAGUACGCCGUCGCCACCGUCGCCCUGAGCCGACGGUGGAAGGAUCUCUCGACUAGUCUCCGCGAUCUUGACUUCGACAACCGCCUGGUUCACAGAAAUCCUCUGGAAACCAGAGAGUUCAAGAGGAGGAGAGACUUGGAAUUCUCUCGAUUCGUGGUCAAGGUUCUGAGGCAGCACAAGAAUCUCAAUUCUGUAAGGCGCUUCCGCUUCCAGUUUUCUGUAGAUUAUUAUGACUGCGAGCUUAGCCGAGAUGUCUGGUGUCCUUGGAUGGAGUCGGCUCAGCUCGAGGAAAUUGAUAUCAGACUGAAGAGCGUAUAUGACGUUGGCCCCAUCUGUGAGUUAUGGUCUCCUCCAGUGAGCUUCUUCACAUUGAAGAAUCUAAAUGUUCUGAAGCUUACUGGAAUCAGAAUAGACAUAAUGCCUGCUUCUGUUUGUCUUUCUAGUCUGAAAAUCUUACAGCUUUUGAAGGUAAGGACUAAGGAUUUCGAGUUAUUAAGCAGACUCAUUUCUGGUUGCCCUGUUCUAGAGACUCUUCAUUUGGAGAAUUGCUGUUUCAAGAUCUGGAAUUUCGAUCAAGUACUCAUUGCUUCCAUACCAUCCUUGAAGAACUUGACGGUUAUCGACAAUGAUCGAUGGCUGCUUUGUUCCAUUGAAAUGGAAGCGCCAAAUCUUGAGCAUCUUUAUCUUGUGAAUUUUGGGGAGUUACAGUUUAUGGGUAGUAGUAGUCCAUUGUCAUGCGUUCACUCAGCAUGGGUUGAUACUCCUGUUUAUGAGAAAACCCUGGUUGAUGAUGAUGAAGUCGAGUAUCGUCAUCAUGAUGGCCCGCGCCGGAUUGGGUUACUUACCCAAAUCUCCAAUGCAAAGGAAAUGCUGUUAUCUUGGCAGACUCUUAACUUUUUGACAUUCGUGAAUGAUAAUGUAGCUGUGCAACCACUACUGCCUCUAUUUCGUGAUUUGACGCAUUUCACAGUGAGACCUUCUGAAAACAGCUUGCGCUGCUCAGACACCAAACUUGCAAGGAGCAGCUUCGUUCUUCACUCCUUGCUCAACUCAGCAUCCAAAUUACAACAUCUAGUCAUUGACAUGGGCAAUCGUAGGAUACGAAUGGAGUGGGAGGACGCGGAAGAACUUGCUUGCAUCCCCGAGUGUAUGCUGUCGAGCCUCGAGGAAAUCGAGAUACAGAAUCUCAAAGCAGAUGAAGACGAGAGGAAAAUGGUGGCGUAUUUGCUCAAGGCUGGAGCUGUACUGAAGAAGGUGAACAUGCACCUGUUUGAAGAUGUUGUUGGUUAUGAUCUUGACGACAUGGAAGCCCGCCUUGAACUUGCCUCGCUGCUAAAACUGCCCAGAGGGUCCAGCACUUGUGAAGCUCAUCUUUUUCUUCCCAACGGCGAUGAGAUCCACAUCGAUAGCAACGUGUAGAUUUGAUGUUGCCUUUUUUUGACGUACUUGAGCCUUGAGUUGACAUACUUAGCCGACCCAGGCAACUAUUCUUAUGCUGUGUAUCCCUAAUAAUGGGUAUCUGAAUUGAUCUGGGUAAGAUUUUGUAUUAAUGGCAGGAGUGAUCUCCUACAGUGAUGACAAAUGGUUGUUGUGGAGUUGUUUUAAUAUAUAUAAUUUCUUUUUGAACCAUGGUUUUAAAAUUGUAACUAUCUUGUAACCAAAAUUAUGGUGGGAUGAUGGGAUGUAGUAUGGCAAUAGCAAAAUCAACCAGUAUGCGGUGUAGGAAACUCACUCACACCAUCACCGAAUAAUCAUGCAUAAAAAUUUUAAUUUGAAAGUUUUUUUCUCAAUGUAAAGGAAGUUUGUGGUAUAAGAAAUAAUUAUAAUGUUU